AUGAAAAGAAAGAAGUCCGGGUCCCAGAAAAGAAUUUCAGAUAUGAACAAGAGAGUAUUUUAUGCACCACGUAGCAGUCACUCAUUGAAUCUUGUAAAUGAUGCCACUAUGUCUUUUAAAUAUGCUGUUUCCAUGUUUUCGACAGUGAAAAGCUUGUAUGACUUCUUCUCGUCCUCCAUUCGAUGUUGGGAUGCCUUGAAGAAGUAUUUGCCUAACAAGUCACUAAAGCCACUGAGCGAUACUAGGUGGGAAAGUCGCAUCGAUGCACUUACUCCCCUGAGGUUUCAAAUUGGAGGUGUUUAUGAUGCACUGGUUCAGAUAUCAGAAGAAAUUGAUGGCAUGACCAUUCACGAAGCAAUGUCACUUGUGAAUCAAAUGAAAAAUUACACCUUUCUCACUUCUCUGGUAAUCUGGUACGACAUUCUGCUUCACAUCAGUGUAGUCAGUAACACCCUCCAGACCACUGAUAUAAAUGUUCCUGAGACCGUGGAAAUGCUUGAAAAAACGAAAGCAUAUUUUGAGAUGUGCAGAACAGAAGAAACGUUUGUGUCUUCCUUGAUGGAUUCCAAAGAAUUGGCUAAAGAAUUAGAGCUAGAAGAUCUAAUGUUACCACAGCUGAAGAAUGCACCUUCUGACAGCCUGGACACAAAGUGUAGAAACCUCGCAGCAAUUUUGCAAGAUCAUGAGUCAAGUGACAUUGAUGCACUGGAGUUGAGGGAAGAGCUAAAAGUGCUUUCAACAUUGUUGAAACCUGGAAUAGGUCCAAAAGAGACUCUGAAGUUUAUAGGAAGACAUAAUUUUUGCCCUAAUGUUAACAUUGCUCUGAGAAUUCUCCUAACACUCCCAGUGACAGCUGUGAGUGGAGAGAGGAGUUUCUCAAAACUGAAAUUGAUAAAGACAUACCUCCAAUCAACAAUGAGCCAAACUCGUUUGAAUGAUCCUGCAACAAUACUGAUUGAGCAUGAGCUUGCAGAGGACUUAAAUUACACAGAUCGUGUGAAAGAGUUUGCACAAGCAAAAGCCAGGAAGGUUCAAUUUGUCUAG